CGAUUAAAACCCUCGAAAUCAAACGAAAUCUCUAACACCAAACCCUAAAAUCGAACGCUCUGUAAAAUUGUUGCUGUUAACUGGGAGAAAGAGACUUUCAUAAGAACGUAAACCGAUCAUACGGUGGCGACUGGAAACCCAGAAGAAGGGGAGGCAAACAACAGCCGUCUCCAAUCGUUUUUCUCGUCACUUUUAACGAGUAUUGGAGGUGUUUUUGGCCAUACUCAAGAACAAGAAGAAGCUAUGACGUCCUACGAACCUGUUGUUCCGAUUCAACAACAGAAUAUAGUAGCAGAUGUUAAGCAGAAACACGAAAGAAGAAACCGAAAAGCCCUAGGUGACAUUGGAAAUCUUGCUGCUGCUCCUGUUGUUGAAAUCGGAAAGCCCCAAACUCAGAUUUCUCGCCCGAUUACAAGAACUUUUCGUGCCCAAUUGUUGGCCAAUGGACAAGCAGCAGCAGAUAAGAACAUAAAGAAACCACUAGCAGAAGAAAACAAUGGCAAUUUAGUCUCGAAGCAAAAGAAGGAAGUUGUGGGAAAUCAUGAAGAAACCCCAAAAAGAAGAACAAGGAAGCCAUCCAAGACACUCACAUCUGUUCUUACUGCUCGAAGCAAGGCUGCUUGUGGGAUCACAACAAAACCGAAAGAUCCAGUUGUUAACAUCGAUGAAUCAGACAUCAACAAUGAACUAGCGGAAGUCGAAUACGUCGAAGACAUUUACACCUUCUACAAACUUUCAGAAACCGAAGGGGGUUUACGCGAUUAUAUGAAUUUGCAACCUGACCUCAAUGCCAAAAUGAGAGCUAUUUUGGUAGAUUGGUUGAUUGAAGUUCACCGGAAGUUCGAGCUGAUGCCAGAAAGUAUUUACCUCACCAUCAACAUCGUUGAUCGAUACCUCUCCCAGAAACCUGUCCCCCGAAGAGAACUUCAAUUGGUGGGCAUCAGUGCAAUGCUAAUCGCCUGCAAAUACGAAGAAAUCUGGCCACCGGAGGUUAAUGAUUUGAUGGUGAUAUCAGAUAAUGCAUACACAAGAGACCAGAUUCUCGCCAUGGAGAAAGCGAUUCUCGGUGAGCUCGGUUGGUACUUAACGGUUCCAACACCAUAUGUGUUUCUUGUUCGGUACACGAAAGCUUCAAUUCCUUCUGAUGAUGAGAUGGGGAACAUGGUUUUCUUCUUGACCGAACUCGGUUUGAUUCACUACUCGGUGAUCAUAACCAACAACCCUUCUAAGCUCGCGGCUUCAGCCGUUUACGCAGCUCGGUGCACCCUUAACAAGACCCCGGCUUGGACGGAAACACUCAAGCAUCACACCGGCUACUCCGAAGAUCAACUAAGGGAGUGUGCAAAGGUUUUGGUGAGUUUCCAUGCUUGUGCUAGUGAAACAAAGCUGAAGGCUGUGUACCGGAAGUAUGUGAACCCGGAGAAGGGUGCGGUGGCUCUUUUCCCGGCUGCGAGAAGUCUUGUGGCGGAGGUUGGUGGUGGUUCAUCGUAGGCAGUCAUGAUUGUAGAAAUAUCUGGAUGAUGGAUCAUAUUGCUGUUAUGAUCUUAUGGUUUUUUUAUAAACUGAAGUCUGUUGUUUGUUUUUGGUUAUUGGGUGCAUAUUAUGAGUAGUAGUAAUUUGAUGAUGAUGGAUGGGUUUGUGUUUGUUAUUUUUCUUUUGGAAAGGUAUGCUAAACACUAAAUUUGGCAACCAAGUCUGUCUUCAUACUUUUGUAACUAAAAG